GUUCUUCUUCUAAUGAUUUUCAUGUGCUCAUCUUCAUCUUCAGAGGUUUUUCAUCACCGUUGCAGCAUUUGGGAGUAGAGUUUCAGAUAUUCAGAGAAGCUUUAAACUUUCAAGAUCUCUAUGUUUGCAAGAAUGGUUGAAAUGGGGAUCUAUGUUUUGAUGAUGUUCAUGGCUGUGUUGUAUGUUUGCAAUGCAUUUACUCCCAUAGAUAACUACUUGAUAGACUGUGGAUCUCUGAGCAACACCACUGUUGGGCAGAGAACAUUCAUGGCUGACACUUCUCUCUCAUGGACUCUCACAACAUCAACAAACUCCAUGGCCAACACCUCAUCGAACUCCGUUUCAUCUCUUUAUCAAAAAGCUCGCAUCUUCACCAAUCCCUCAUCCUAUUCUUUCCCAAUCAAGCAACAAGGUCGCCACUUUAUCAGGCUCUACUUCUUUGCCUUCUCCUCCCAGUCCUUCAAACUCUCCACAGCCAACUUCAGUGUCUCUACUCAAGACUCAGUCCUCCUUCAUAGCUUUCCUGCAAACAGUGCUUCAACUCCAUUAUUCAAAGAGUACUCGGUGAACAUCACUCAUAGCACUCUUAUCCUCUCCUUUGUCCCAACUGCAAACAAAUCCCUUGCUUUCAUCAAUGCAAUUGAAGUUGUUUCAGUUCCUGAUAAUCUAAUCAGUGACACUGCUCAAACUGUUAAUCCUCUUGGAAACUAUCAAGGCCUCUCGGUUGAGCCAUUAGAAACUGUUUUCAGGAUCAACAAUGGAGGUCCCCUUGUUACCCCUGCGAAUGACACGCUCUGGAGAACUUGGCAACCUGAUCAAAGCUUCCUUCUUGAUAAGAACUUCUCAAAGCCUGUCUCAUACUCUGGCAACAUUAAUUACGCUGCCAGCAGCGGCGUGACAAGGGAGAUCGCACCUGAUGUUGUUUACAGCACGGCGACAGAGCUUGUUUCGACGAUCUCUACCACUCAAAAUGCUCGAUUCAAUGUUACUUGGCAGUUUGAUGUCGAUGCAGGUUCUUCAUACCUAAUAAGGAUGCAUUUCUGUGACAUUGUUAGCACCACAUUGAAUGAGCUCUAUUUCAGUGUUUAUAUCAGUAGCUAUAGUGCAGUGAGUAACCUGGACCUCUCCGCGGCAAGUGCCAAUGUAUUAGCUACUCCUUAUUAUAUGGAUUUUGUUGUGAAAAUGGAUGAUGGAUUGAGUAAGCUAAAUAUCAGCAUUGGUCCUUCAAGUUUGGACAAUGUAUUGCCUGAUGGAAUUCUGAAUGGCCUUGAGAUUAUGAAAAUGAACAGCAGUGGUACUGCUCAUGUAGUUUCUCCUCAAGGUUCUAAGGCUAAUGUUGGUGUUAUUGUGGGUGCUGUCCUAGGAGCAGUGGCAGCAUUGGCUAUAGCUGUUUGUAUAGUAUUCACAUUGCUUAAGAGGAGGAGAAGAAGCAGAAUGGGAAGAAAACCGAACACGAAGGCUUGGUUACCUUUCUCGAUCAAUGGCACAAUAUCGCAGAGCUUGGGAAGUAGAUUUUCUAAUGGAACAACUGCUACAUUAGGACAGAAUGUGAGCCUUGGGUACCAAUUCUCCUUUGCUGUGCUACAAGAAGCAACAAACAACUUUGAUGAAGCAUGGGUGAUUGGAGUAGGAGGGUUUGGGAAGGUGUACAAAGGUGUUUUAAGAGACGAAACCCGAGUUGCUGUGAAGAGAGGCAAUCCUAAGUCUCAGCAAGGCUUGAAUGAGUUCCGAACGGAGAUUGAAUUGUUGUCUAGGCUGCGUCACCGGCAUCUUGUUUCGCUUAUCGGGUAUUGUGAUGAGAGGAAUGAGAUGAUUCUUGUGUAUGAGUACAUGGAGAAAGGUACACUGAAGAACCAUCUUUACGGGUCUGAUCUUCCGAAUCUUAGUUGGAAACAGAGGCUGGAGAUUUGCAUUGGAUCAGCAAGGGGACUGCAUUACUUACACACUGGUCAGGCAAAGGCUAUAAUUCAUAGAGAUGUCAAAUCUGCUAACAUUCUGCUUGAUGAGAACCUCAUGGCAAAAGUUGCAGACUUUGGACUAUCAAAAACAGGCCCUGAAUUGGAUCAAACACAUGUUAGCACCGCAGUGAAGGGGAGUUUUGGUUACCUUGAUCCUGAGUACUUCCGACGACAGCAACUAACAGAGAAAUCUGAUGUUUAUUCCUUCGGAGUCGUACUGCUGGAAGUUUUAUGUGCAAGGCCUGUUAUAGAUCCCACAUUGCCAAGGGAAAUGGUGAAUUUAGCAGAAUGGGCAAUGAAGUUUCAGAGAAGAGGAGAAUUGGAUCAAAUUAUCGAUCCCCGUAUCGCCGGUACUAUAAGGCCUGGCUCGCUUAGGAAGUUCGGGGAGACAGUCGAGAAAUGCCUAGCGGAUUGCGGUGUGGAUAGACCAGGAAUGGGGGAUGUUCUGUGGAAUUUGGAGUAUGUUUUGCAGCUUCAAGAUGCUGAGUCUGGGUUUACAGAUGUUGAUAGUAUUACAAGGAUUGAUGAGCUGCCUACUCAGGUUCAAAACAUAAAUACUACUGAAAGUGUUACUGUUGGUGUGCUUGAUCAAAGUGCAAAUGAUCUGUCUGAUGUUUCAAUGAGCAGAGUUUUCUCACAAUUAGUGAAGUCUGAAGGUAGGUAGAGAUUUCAUGGUUUGAUUGUUGAGAGUUUUUAUAGUAUGAAAUAUAUAUAUAUAUAUAAAGUUAUGAUUUUUUUUUUAAAAUUUCUGCAUAUCUGAAGAACAUUGAGAUGUAAUUUAAGUUUUUUUGUUAUGUACUGAGUUUUUUUAUCUUUCAUUGCUGUACUGUUAAUUUGGUUUUUAUAGGUUUUGUUGUAUAAAACUUGGAAGAAUUGGAUUGAAUGUGAACUAUAUUGAGAUUGCAAAUAAGACACUGAACAUAUUUGUGUGGAGAUUAUGAUAAA